ACUGUUGCUGCUGAAGUCAGAAAGCAAAUCUCUGCACAAUACAGUGGUUCCCCCCAGCUGCUCAAAAACCUCAACAUAGUUGGCAAUAUAUCCCAUCACACCACAGUGCCCCUUACUGAAGCAGUCGAUCCUGUGGAUUUGGAAGAUUACCUCAUCACUCACCCGUUAGCUGUGGACUCUGGGCCUCUGAGAGAUUUGGUUGAGUUCCCUCCAGAUGAUAUUGAAGUUGUGUAUAGUCCCAGGGACUGCAGGACCCUUGUUUCAGCUGUGCCUGAAGAAAGUGAGAUGGACCCACAUGUUAGAGAUUGUAUAAGGAGUUACACGGAAGACUGGGCGAUCGUAAUCAGAAAAUACCAUAAACUGGGAACAGGAUUUAACCCUAACACAUUGGACAAGCAGAGGGAAAGACAGAAAGGACUGCCCAGACAGGUCUUUGAAUCUGAUGAAGCUCCAGAUGGCAACAGCUACCAGGAUGAGCAAGAUGACCUUAAAAGACGUUCGAUGUCAAUAGAUGAUACUCCCAGGGGUAGCUGGGCCUGCAGUAUAUUUGACUUAAAAAACUCACUUCCUGAUGCCUUGCUUCCUAAUUUACUUGAUCGAACGCCAAAUGAAGAAAUAGACCAUCAGAAUGAUGACCAAAGGAAAUCAAACCGUCACAAGGAACUGUUUGCUUUGCAUCCAUCACCAGAUGAGGAAGAGCCAAUAGAACGGCUUAGCAUUCCUGAUGUGCCCAAAGAACAUUUCGGACAGAGACUUCUUGUAAAAUGUUUAUCACUAAAGUUUGAGAUUGAAAUUGAGCCCAUUUUUGCAAGUUUGGCUUUGUAUGAUGUCAAGGAAAAGAAAAAGAUUUCAGAAAACUUUUAUUUUGACCUUAAUUCAGAACAAAUGAAGGGAUUGUUACGGCCACACGUACCACCUGCUGCCAUUACCACUCUGGCAAGAUCAGCCAUUUUUUCAAUUACUUAUCCUUCCCAAGAUGUCUUUCUUGUGAUAAAGCUAGAAAAGGUUCUACAGCAAGGAGACAUUGGAGAGUGUGCAGAGCCAUAUAUGAUUUUCAAAGAAGCUGACGCCACCAAGAAUAAGGAAAAAUUGGAGAAGCUGAAAAGUCAAGCUGAUCAGUUCUGCCAGAGACUUGGGAAAUACCGCAUGCCUUUUGCUUGGACAGCGAUUCAUUUAAUGAAUAUUGUUAGCAGUGCUGGCAGUUUAGAAAGAGAUUCCACAGAAGUAGAAAUCAGUACUGGAGAACGCAAAGGUUCUUGGUCAGAGAGGAGGAACUCUAGUCUUGUUGGUAGGCGGUCUCUGGAAAGGACAACCAGUGGCGAUGAUGCUUGCAACUUGACCAGCUUUCGGCCUGCCACCCUCACUGUGGCAAAUUUUUUUAAGCAGGAAGGAGACCGCUUAAGCGAUGAAGAUCUGUACAAAUUCCUCGCCGAUAUGAGAAGACCGUCUUCUGUCUUACGGAGGCUCAGACCAAUUACAGCUCAGCUGAAGAUAGACAUUUCUCCUGCACCUGAAAAUCCCCAUUAUUGCCUAACCCCAGAGCUGCUUCAGGUGAAGCUUUACCCUGACAGCCGAGUCAGACCCACCAGAGAAAUUCUGGAAUUUCCUGCCAGGGAUGUCUAUGUUCCAAACACUACUUACAGAAAUCUUCUCUACAUUUACCCUCAAAGUCUUAAUUUUGCCAAUCGUCAAGGUUCUGCCAGAAACAUCACAGUCAAAGUCCAGUUUAUGUACGGAGAAGAUCCAAGUAAUGCAAUGCCGGUAAUCUUUGGUAAAUCUAGCUGUUCAGAGUUUUCAAAGGAAGCCUAUACAGCCGUAGUAUAUCAUAACAGGUCUCCUGAUUUCCAUGAAGAAGUCAAGGUUAAACUCCCUGCCACUCUAACCGACCACCACCACUUGCUCUUUACCUUUUAUCAUGUUAGCUGUCAGCAGAAACAGAACACGCCUCUUGAGACCCCAGUCGGAUACACAUGGAUACCAAUGCUGCAGAAUGGACGGCUGAAGACUGGGCAGUUCUGCCUACCCGUGUCAUUGGAGAAACCACCCCAGGCUUAUUCAGUGCUCUCUCCUGAGGUUCCUUUACCUGGUAUGAAGUGGGUAGAUAACCACAAGGGAGUAUUUAAUGUUGAAGUUGUUGCUGUUUCUUCCAUUCAUACACAAGAUCCUUACCUUGACAAAUUCUUUGCUCUUGUCAAUGCUCUGGAUGAACACAUGUUCCCAGUCCGAAUUGGGGAUAUGCGGAUCAUGGAAAACAACUUGGAAAAUGAACUGAAGAGUAGCAUUUCAGCCUUAAAUUCCUCACAGCUGGAACCAGUAGUCCGGUUUCUUCAUCUUCUGCUUGAUAAACUAAUACUUUUAGUUGUUAGACCUCCUGUGAUUGCUGGCCAAAUAGUUAAUCUAGGGCAAGCAUCUUUUGAAGCUAUGGCAUCUAUUAUAAAUCGACUUCACAAAAACUUAGAAGGAAAUCAUGACCAGCAUGGGAGAAACAACCUUCUCGCAUCGUACAUCUAUUAUGUGUUCCGCCUGCCCAAUACUUAUCCUAACUCCCCAUCACCAGGUCCUGGGGGUUUGGGAGGAUCAGUGCAUUAUGCCACAAUGGCCAGGUCUGCAGUGAGACCUGCAAGCCUUAACUUAAAUCGUUCACGAAGCCUUAGCAACAGUAAUCCAGAUAUAUCUGGUACUCCCACAUCACCAGAUGAUGAAGUUCGGUCCAUUAUUGGCAGUAAGGCUAUGGAUCGAAGUUGUAAUCGUAUGUCUUCGCACACAGAGACGUCAAGUUUCUUACAAACAUUAACGGGACGCUUACCAACUAAAAAGCUUUUUCACGAGGAGCUGGCUUUGCAGUGGGUUGUUUGCAGUGGCAGCGUUCGGGAAUCAGCUUUGCAGCAAGCCUGGUUCUUUUUUGAGUUGAUGGUAAAGAGCAUGGUGCACCACUUGUACUUUAACGAUAAGCUGGACGCUCCAAGGAAAACCCGCUUCCCAGAACGUUUCAUGGAUGACAUUGCCGCUCUAGUUAGCACAAUCGCUGGUGAUGUCGUGACACGAUUUCAGAAGGACACAGAAAUGGUCGAGAGACUGAAUACAAGCCUUGCCUUCUUUCUUAAUGAUUUGUUGUCUGUUAUGGACAGAGGAUUUGUCUUUAGUCUUAUAAAGUCCUGCUACAAACAGGUGGCAUCAAAGCUCUAUUCACUGCCAAAUCCAAGUGUGCUGGUGUCCUUGAGGUUGGACUUCCUGCGAAUUAUCUGCAGCCACGAGCACUAUGUGACAUUAAACUUACCCUGCAGCUUGCUCACCCCACCUGCAUCUCCGUCACCUUCUGUUUCUUCUGCAACAUCUCAGAGUUCUGGAUUCUCCACAAACGUGCAGGACCAGAAGAUCGCAAAUAUGUUUGAACUGUCCUUGCCCUUCCGCCAGCAGCACUACCUGGCGGGCCUCGUGUUAACGGAGCUCGCGCUCAUUUUAGACCCUGAUGCUGAAGGACUGUUUGGAUUGCAUAAGAAAGUCAUCAAUAUGGUGCACAACUUACUUUCCAGUCAUGACUCUGACCCACGGUACUCUGACCCUCAGAUAAAGGCUCGGGUGGCUAUGUUGUACCUUCCUCUCAUUGGUAUCAUCAUGGAAACUGUACCUCAGCUGUACGAUUUUACAGAAACACACAAUCAACGAGGAAGACCCAUUUGUGUAGCCCCUGAUGACUAUGACAGUGAGACUGGGAGCAUGAUAAGCCAGACAGUUGCUAUGGCAAUUGCGGGAACGUCUGUCCCUCAGUUAACGAGGCCUGGCAGUUUCCUUCUCACUUCAGCGAGCGGCAGGCAACAUACCACCUUCUCAGCAGAAUCAAGCCGCAGCCUUUUGAUCUGCCUGCUGUGGGUUCUCAAGAACGCAGAUGAAACUGUUCUACAGAAGUGGUUUACAGACCUCUCCGUCCUACAGCUGAACCGGCUGCUGGAUCUGCUUUAUCUAUGUGUAUCUUGUUUUGAGUACAAAGGGAAAAAGGUGUUUGAAAGGAUGAAUAGUUUGACCUUUAAGAAAUCAAAAGAUAUGAGAGCCAAGCUUGAAGAAGCCAUUCUGGGAAGCAUCGGUGCCAGGCAGGAAAUGGUGCGGCGGAGCCGAGGGCAGCUCGAGAGGAGCCCAUCUGGAAGUGCCUUUGGGAGCCAAGAAAACCUGCGGUGGAGAAAGGACAGGACUCACUGGCGCCAGAACACGGAGAAGCUCGAUAAGUCAAGAGCAGAGAUAGAGCAUGAAGCACUGAUUGAUGGAAACCUGGCUACUGAAGCGAAUCUCAUCAUCUUAGACACAUUAGAGAUCAUCGUUCAGACUGUUUCUGUAACAGAAUCCAAGGAGAGCAUUCUGGGUGGGGUGCUGAAAGUGCUGCUGCAGAGCAUGGCCUGCAACCAAAGCGCAGUGUAUCUGCAGCACUGCUUUGCCACGCAGAGAGCCCUGGUCUCCAAGUUUCCUGAGCUCCUGUUUGAGGAAGAGACAGAGCAGUGUGCUGAUUUGUGCCUCCGGCUUCUCCGACACUGCAGCAGCAGCAUCAGUACCAUACGGUCCCAUGCUAGUGCCUCUCUUUACCUGCUCAUGAGGCAGAACUUUGAGAUUGGGAAUAACUUUGCCAGAGUGAAAAUGCAAGUAACAAUGUCACUGUCCUCCUUGGUGGGUACAUCUCAGAAUUUUAAUGAAGAAUUCUUAAGACGCUCUCUAAAAACUAUUUUGACAUAUGCUGAAGAAGAUCUAGAGUUGAGGGAGACAACAUUUCCUGAUCAGGUCCAAGAUCUGGUUUUUAAUCUCCAUAUGAUCCUUUCUGACACUGUUAAAAUGAAGGAGCACCAGGAGGAUCCCGAAAUGCUGAUUGAUCUCAUGUACAGAAUUGCCAAGGGCUACCAGACCUCUCCAGACUUGCGACUGACUUGGCUUCAGAACAUGGCUGGAAAACACUCCGAACGAAGCAAUCAUGCUGAAGCCGCCCAGUGCUUGGUCCACUCAGCAGCACUGGUCGCUGAAUAUCUGAGCAUGCUGGAGGACCGGAAGUACCUUCCUGUUGGCUGUGUAACAUUCCAGAAUAUUUCAUCUAAUGUAUUAGAAGAAUCUGCUGUCUCAGAUGAUGUGGUGUCUCCAGACGAAGAAGGUAUUUGCUCUGGAAAGUACUUUACUGAGUCAGGGCUCGUGGGGUUACUGGAACAAGCCGCCGCUUCCUUCUCUAUGGCUGGCAUGUACGAAGCAGUUAAUGAGGUUUACAAAGUACUCAUUCCUAUUCAUGAAGCUAAUCGGGAUGCAAAGAAGCUCUCUACAAUCCAUGGUAAACUUCAGGAAGCAUUCAGCAAAAUCGUUCAUCAGAGUACUGGCUGGGAGCGGAUGUUUGGCACCUAUUUCCGUGUUGGUUUUUAUGGAACCAAGUUCGGGGAUUUGGAUGAACAGGAGUUUGUGUACAAGGAGCCUGCAAUAACCAAACUCGCAGAGAUUUCUCACAGAUUGGAGGGAUUUUAUGGAGAAAGAUUUGGAGAGGAUGUGGUUGAAGUCAUCAAGGACUCUAAUCCUGUAGACAAGUGUAAAUUAGAUCCUAACAAGGCAUACAUUCAGAUUACCUAUGUGGAGCCAUUCUUUGACACCUAUGAGAUGAAGGACAGAAUCACUUAUUUUGACAAGAAUUAUAAUCUCCGCCGGUUCAUGUACUGUACACCCUUCACUUUAGAUGGCCGUGCCCAUGGGGAACUUCAUGAACAGUUCAAACGGAAGACCAUUCUGACAACGUCUCAUGCCUUUCCUUACAUUAAAACAAGGGUCAAUGUCACUCACAAAGAAGAGAUAAUCUUAACACCAAUUGAAGUUGCUAUCGAAGACAUGCAGAAAAAGACGCAGGAAUUGGCAUUUGCAACACAUCAGGAUCCAGCAGACCCGAAAAUGCUUCAGAUGGUCCUCCAGGGGUCUGUAGGCACAACUGUGAACCAGGGACCUCUGGAGGUUGCCCAGGUCUUCCUGUCUGAAAUACCUGGUGACCCAAAGCUCUUCAGACAUCACAACAAGCUGCGUCUUUGCUUCAAAGACUUUACUAAAAGGUGUGAGGAUGCCUUAAGAAAAAAUAAGAGCUUAAUUGGGCCAGAUCAAAAGGAGUAUCAAAGAGAACUGGAGAGAAACUAUCACCGCCUUAAAGAGGCCUUGCAGCCACUGAUAAACAGAAAAAUCCCUCAGCUGUACAAGGCAGUGCUGCCUGUCACCUGCCACAGAGAUUCCUUCAGCCGAAUGAGCCUUCGAAAAAUGGAACUCUAAAGUAUACACCUUGUUCUAGUCACUUGAAACGAGCCAUGUAUUCAACAUUGACUGAGAGGUCUAUUGCAACACAGGACUUGGAUGUCAUUCUGGAAGCAAUAGCAUUUACUCACCGAAGAAUGUGCUACCAGAUUCAGGCUGUUACAUGUCAGGCUCAUGGCUGUGGUGUCUAACCUUCUGGUAACAUGCUGUCAUCAUUUAAAAACAGUUUUAAUGAUUCAAAGGUACAGUACACAUUUACAAUUAUUUAUACCAUAGCUAAUGUUAAAUUUAUUUACUUUAAGUUCUUAUUUUUUAAUUUAUAUUACCAUUUAUAGAUUCAUUCAUUUUGGAACCAUUUUAAAUGUAGUAAUGCUUAUUUUAAAGGUACUAUUAAAUAUGUGACUGUUUACACUAA